UUUUAUCCCAGCUGACUUGACACCGAUCAGGGUCUUCGAGUGAAAAGUGUCAGUGAGCAGAAACCCAGCUAGAAGCUUAGCAGGACAUCUGUCAGUCCAAAUAAACAGCGUGUCGGAACCUCAGGACCUUCCGACUGUUGUCUGCUGAGAUGGCAGAGCUAAGGCACCGUGGGGCCAAAGACACCGGCCCAGCGUUACAGCAGCAGCCGUCAGAGGACAAGGGUUCAGACGGUGAGCUGAAGGUGGAAAAAGAUGUGGCGUCAGACACGGAGUCCAAGGUGGACACAGGGGUCCCAGAGGUGCCAGUCCCUGCUGAUGACACACCCGAAGUUCUGAACAAGGCCCUGUCUGGACUCUCCUCAAGAUGGAAGAACUGGUGGGUACGAGGUAUCCUCACUCUAGCCAUGAUCUCCUUCUUCUUCUUCAUCAUCUACCUGGGCCCCAUGGUGCUUAUGAUGAUUGUCCUCUGUGUUCAGAUCAAGUGCUUCCAAGAAAUCAUCACCAUCGGCUACAGUGUCUACCACUCCUACCACCUGCCGUGGUUCAGGACGUUGAGCUGGUACUUCCUGCUGUGUGUGAACUACUUCUUCUAUGGUGAGACUGUGACGGAUUACUUCUUCACACUGGUGCAAAGGGAGGAGCCGCUUCGCAUCCUCAGCAAAUACCACCGCUUCAUCUCCUUUGCCCUCUACCUCACAGGUUUCUGCAUGUUUGUGCUGAGUUUGGUGAAGAAGCACUACCGCCUUCAGUUCUACAUGUUUGGUUGGACCCAUGUGACUCUGCUGAUCGUGGUGACUCAGUCUCACCUUAUCAUUCACAACCUGUUUGAGGGGAUGAUCUGGUUCAUCGUGCCAAUUUCCUGUGUGAUCUGUAAUGACAUCAUGGCCUACAUGUUUGGUUUCUUCUUUGGCCGCACCCCUCUCAUCAAGCUGUCACCUAAGAAGACAUGGGAGGGAUUCAUCGGCGGGUUCUUCUCCACCAUCGUGUUUGGUAUCAUGCUCUCCUAUGUGAUGGCCGGCUGGCGCUACUUUGUGUGCCCAGUGGAGUUCAACAACGACUCCAACAGUUUCCAGGUGGACUGCGAGCCAUCAGAGCUUUUCCAGCUCCAGGACUACACCCUGCCCAGCAUCCUGGAGUCUGUCACAGGAUGGACCACAGUGCGUCUGUAUCCAUUCCAGAUCCACAGCAUCGCGCUCUCCUCCUUUGCCUCUAUCGUGGGACCUUUCGGUGGCUUCUUUGCCAGUGGCUUCAAGAGAGCAUUCAAGAUCAAGGAUUUCGCCAACACUAUCCCAGGUCACGGUGGCAUUAUGGACAGAUUCGACUGCCAGUACCUUAUGGCCACAUUUGUUAAUGUCUACAUCGCUAGCUUCAUCAGGGGCCCCAACCCCAGCAAGGUGAUCCAGCAGCUUCUGGCCCUCCGAGUCGAUCAGCAGCUCCACAUCUUCAACUCCCUGAAGGCACACCUGACGGAGAAGGGCCUGCUGCCAGCGCUGGAGGAGGCCGCCGCCUAGAGACACCCACGGCCAUGCCAGCUCGCCCCGAGAGGGAGACUAGAGAGGUGGGCAGCACCCGAGGGCCCCGUGGCCAGCCCCCCCGGCAGCUCUGGGAGACUUACAGUGCUUUAUGUGAGCGAGAACACAUCCGAGACAAAAAAAUAUACAAAACGAACAAGAAAAAAACUACAGCCUUGGGUCAUUCCAUUUCCAUUUGGUUUGGGGUUGAGAGUCGAGCAUGUUUGUGUUCAUUCGGCCUGUGAAUCAUGUUUCUGACUCCAGUGUUUUCAGGUUGAGUUAGUGAAUUACUGUAAGUUACAUUUCCAUUAUAGCCAACUUGUAUCUAUUCACACUGUAAAACAAAAUGUUGGUCAGCUGUACAUUUCUACCUGUAUACAGGAUAACCUCUAUAUACCUAUUAAUGUGUUAAUAUUUUAUUGUACUUUUUUGUUUUAAUGCACUGCUCUCAACCCAGUUACUCACUGUAUUGUUAUCCCAGCUACCCCCCUCUCACCAAAUUUAAGUUUUAAUUUUCUUUAUUGUGAUUAUUUCUAUUUAUACAUGGAUGGUUUUUAUAUUUGGUAUUGUUGGUAUGUUGUAUUAUAGCUUAAUGUUGUGUCUGUUUUAUUCAGACUGAAUUCACCUUUUGCCACCUGCCACAGGCGUUAAGUGUCUUUUUCCUGUCUCUUCACUGCCAUUCAUCAUUUCAGAGCCUCUCUGUCAUUAAACAACCCAUUUUAAGUUCAUACUUUUUAAUCUAACAGAGAGCUGUUGUUGUAAUGUGGUGGGUUCAUUUUGGUUUCUAUUCAUGACAUUGUUGGGAUGGGACAUACCAGUAUCUGCAUCUGUGUGUUGUGACCUCACCAUGUUCAGAGCGGAAACACAGAAUAUAUGACCAUCAGUUGGUUGACGUCGGCUAUGGUCAGACUGACCUGUAUGUGUGACAGCAGUUGUGAUCACAUGCAGCUGAUGUUCUGGUUGGAGUUUGCCAAUACAGUAAGCUACUGUACACACAGCAGUCAGUGCUCGAGAUGUUUUACAGUGGGACUUUUCGAUGCCAUUGGCUUGUUUGUUCCAUUUGAUGGUAAAAUAUAAAAGCUGAAGAUUUUCCACUGCAGACUUCAUUUCUGUUUUGUUUUUUUGUUUUUUGUUUUAAAACUGUAAAUGAAUUCAGUCAGUAGUUAUGUUACUGUCUGUUAAAUGGCAACGUUUUUACAGAUGAAGAUGAGUUUACUUGUCGUGAGAAGUUGUAUAACAUCUUCUGAGGUGGUGGAAAGAGCUUUAAGUGAGAGAAAAUAGAAAAUAAUCUUCCAGGAAGUUAUCCUGGAUUGAGUUAUUUAGAGACUUUAACAGUAAGGUUGUGUUCUCAAGAACACUGGACAUUUAAUAGUGAAAGUCACUAGAACUUCGGUUAUCUCAGCCUGCAUUCAUUUUGAGGAUUUUUCUUUUAAAUUGUCUCUUGAAAGUUGCCCAAUUUAAAUUGCUGGGAUACUUCUUUAAAACUGCCACAACAAACACUAUCUGCUCUGAUGAGCUUUAUUAGAUCGUAUACUUUCAUUUACUUGAGCUCUGACUAAGCCAAAAACUUUAAAUGUAAACUCAAAACUAAACAAGUUAUUUAUCAUUUACCACUGGUGCACAGCAAAUUUCUGUGAAUUUAAAGACUUUUGGAAAAUUUUCUGUUCUAUUGCUAAGUAAAGAAAAUGUGAUUUUUCUGAAAUAUUACACAAUUUGAUUCAAACUUUUAUUAAGUAAAGCCAUUAAUCAUAGAUUAUUGACUCAUUGUGCUAUAGAGUUCCUUAAGCAUUGUAGCAAACAUCAACAGUAUAUCUAGUGUAUGUGUCCGACUGAUUAGACAAAGAUUAGGCUCUAAUGAGCUGACCAUGCUCAUCAGUCGCUCUAAUCAGCUGACCGUGCUCAUCAAUCAACCAGUCACCUCAGGCUGUCCAUCAUGUCUGUGCAUAUUCAUCGUUUUGUCUCUAUCAGAGAAAAGAGUUGAUUUGUUGGUGUCGAAAGCCAAAUGAUCUCUGUGGAGGUGGAGUGAGGUACUAAAGGUAAAAUGUAAGCCAGGUACAACUAUUUCUAUAGCCAGUGUUAGAGGAGAAAACAGCAAUAUGAACAUUUACACAGUAGUCAGUGUAGCAGGGAUGUGGGGGUCAGUUUUUAAGUGUCUUUAUAUGGUAAUCAUAUAAAGCAGCAUCUAAAUCAAGCAGGGUUAUUUUAGAAAUAGUUUGCCACCUUAAAUGUCCUCUCAUCAGAUUAAGAUCUAUGUAUAUCUAUAUAUGGAUAUAUAAAGCAAAAGUCCUUUUGACCUUUUGUCACUCAAAAUUAGCUUUUGCUUCUCUAUGGCAAUCAAUUUAUAAGAAUGGACUUUAAUAUUUUUUCACAAAGAAUGAACAACUGUAUGAACCAAUGAUAAAGCGUGACCUUCUCUAUUCCAUGUUUUCCCCAUAUUUGAAUGUCAUUCCACUCAUAUUUCAAUUGUGUUUCAUUCAUGUCUUUGGUUUGACUUGUGUGAUAUCCAGCCACUCUUGAGCUCAUCUUUCUUGAAGUAUUUAUUUUAUUUACUGUAAUCAAAUCAAACCUUUUCAGUUACUGUAUUGUACAUUUAAGAAGUUAUUAAGAAACACGUGGAGCGUUCUUUAGUAUUUUUGGCUAGAGGAAUGUUUAAAGUAUUGUUAUUGCCAUAUAGGAGAGGAUUGAGAUAGCGGAGUCUCUGUCUGUUCUUGCUGUGACUUUAGUGCAGUUGGGUGUUUUCUAAGCUCUUCCCCGGUAGCUGUUGUGUGUCACAGUGCAGAUACUCAAAGCACUGUGUUACAUUGUCUCCCUUUUGAGUAGACAGGAAGUUUUCAGAAAGUAAUGUGAGGACUCCGUUCCUCAGUGUUGGUAGAUGUCUUAUAUUUCUCGUGCUUCACUGCCUCUGUGGUGGUUUGAGGUUUUAUCUCCCCCGAAGCUCUGUCCUGCCAUUUCACUGCCUGGUGUUCCAGGCGGCCACUAGAGAGAGCUGGAGCUCCUGCGGUUGGCCAAUUGAGUGUAACACUGAUGCUGCAUCUGAGCAGAAGGGUUUGACCCCUGGUCACUGCUGUUUGAUACAUUCCAGUAUCCCUAAAGUUAAGGUUUGCUCACAGGGAGGCAGAACAUAAGAGAUACUAUUAAAGAAGAAACCUUUUUGUUUCAUGGCACCCGGGAAACAACAACCUCUGUGCCAUUUUGAAUCGACACAGUGCCACUUAGCUGUUGUGAAUCCUGCCCUAAAAUGAAUGUACGGGAGUUGUGUCUGUCCUCACAUGCUGUCCCCUUGUGGACGUUUUAUUUGUGGUUAUAGAUUCUCUUAUGGAGCUGUAUGAUUUCAGUAUAUUAUUCUUAAACUGUGCAAUGGUUUGUGUUGAGUUGUACAUCUGUCUAGAGAAAAGCUGUACUCUUUGAUGCUGAAAUGUGCUUCACCUUGGUUUAAAGAAAAUAAAGGUAUAUA